UCAAUCACAACUCUAUGCCAAUGGCAAUGCCUAUGAUGAAUAAUAAUUAAAUCAAACAAACAUCCUUUAGAAAAGUGAUAUUUGAUUAUAAUCCUAUGAGUUUUUGUCAGGAUGGAGGAAUCAUGUGAGCAAACAAACAUGGUCAGAAGUCAGUCAGUGCUGCCCUAAGAACUGAUAAUCAGACCAGUCGAGUUAUUCACAAAAUUUGUCUGAUGAACCCUACAUAGACUGAUAUUACAAUCUGUCCUAUUUUUUUUUAACACUAUAGAUUUUACCAGGGAUAACUUGAAUGGUCACCUGUACUGUCAAUGCAGCUUGGAAAGAUAUCAGUAAUAUGGUAUCCGCUAAGUGUUUGCCUGACAAAAUGGUGACUUGCUGAUGAUGAAUUAGGUUGUCGGCAAUAAAGAAUCCUUGCUCCGAAAUGCAAGAGCAUCAAGUGCUAAAAAAUCAAAUAAUAAUGCUCAAAGCACUACAAAAAGUAAAAGUGCAGGAGAUAUUUUGAGUAGAGAAGAAGAAUACAAACGAUUGAAUGAAGAACUGGAAGCAAAAACAGCAAGUCUUGUUAGAGAAGCAGAACAGGUUAUGAGGGGACAAGAAGCUACAUUAUCUAGAUCAAGAUUGUUAGACAACAUUAGCCCAAAUGAUUUUCUUAAAGAUUUUGAUGAUGAAUUAACAGGUCGCAACGAAGACACCAAACAAAAGGCUUCCGGUCGACCAGAAUCAAAGACUUCUAAUUCAAGACCGCAAUCGCAGAACAAGAAACCUCCAUCAGCAAGAAACAGGAGCAAAGUUUCAGCUAAGAUAAAUAAAGCUGACGAUGUGGCCGUACCAGAUGAAACAUUUUUAACAGAUUUCAAGGAUUUUUCUUUGACUAAUACCAUAUCUAAUAUAGAGGGUCAACCCUAUCAUUCUGAUGAUGAAGAUGAUGACAUUCUACCUCAAGCUGCAGCAGAUAUGGGUUCAGAGGCUACUAUCAGAUUUCUAAAAGCAAAGUUGAGAGUAAUGCAAGAAGAAUUAGAUAGAUUAAGCCGUGAAUGUAGCAAAAAGGAAGAAGAAAAUCAACAAGUGGUCUCUCGAUCAAAAGAGACGGAAGAGGAGAAAAAUAGAUUACAUCGAACUGUUGCCUCACAGCAAACACAGAUAGAUAAAUAUAAAAAAAUUGCAGAAGAUGCUAAAAGUGUUUCAGAUAGUCUUCAAAAUCAACUGUCUGCUCUUCGCAAGGAAAAUGAACAAAUGAAAAGAACACAGAAACAACACACAGCCAAUCAAAGUGCCACAGAAGUUCGCUUGAACAGAGCGUUAGAAGAAAUAGAAAGAUAUAAGGAACAGUUACUGAAAGCCAAAUCUUCAUCAAAAGAUGUUACUGAUCAAGAAAAGAAGAAGGUUGAACAAUUGAUGAAUGAAAAUAGACUGUUACAAAAACAGAAAAAUGAAUUGAUGACAGGAUUCAAAAAACAAUUAAAACUGAUAGAUGUAUUAAAACGACAAAAGGUUUGGAAUGAAUUUUCUUUUUUAAAAAAGGACCCACAUGGCUCACUAACCUGGAGGUCUGGUGUUAUAACCCAAUAUUGGCCGAGAAAGUUCCCCUUGAUUCUCAAGGAUGGUUUUUCCCUUGAUAGUUGUCCAGGACAAAGAACCUGGAAAAGAUAGUGUCUAGUUGUUCAGAUGGUACAGAACCCUUUACAGUUGGAAUUCGAAAUAAAGAGUAGGCUGUAGUGCCUAAAUUUUCCUCAUAGCACACUGUAUGGUGUACACCCAUCUUCAUUAGCCCAGUCGGUGCUGAAAAGUAGGACAUUAGAUCCCAUUUCAUUUCAUUUCUUUAAAAAUGUAUAAAUUCUUGACAAUCCACAUCAUAUUGAUAACUGUCUUGUGUAAAUGUAUUUUUAUAGUAACAUAUGUACGUAAUAAUUCUAUUUCAUCCAAGCU